AUGCUCUCGUUGAAGACAGCUUCACAAGGUACAAGUCCUGGCUUUCACCACCAUCAUCCCCACCAUCAUGGUUCACCUACUUCCACUAGUACUAGCAGUGGUAGUGGUAGUACAUCCGAUACCGUGGAUCAGACAUCUUGCUGUUCAUUGGUGGACGCCAUGAGUACGGCAGAAGCCAGUACCAGUACGGCCAGCAGCAGUGCUACCAACGGCACUACCGGUAGCUCGUCCAGUGGACUCAGACGAAAACCCACCAUGAAGUCUUCCUAUGCGCUAACGUCCAUGCUACAGCAGCAACAGCAGCAACAACCACAAGAUGACGAAGAGUAUACCAAACACAGCAAUAGCAGUCCCACUCUAUCCAUGAUACCCGACACAACAACUACUACUCUAGCGUCGGCGAUUGUGGCCGACGCCGCUGCCAUGACGCGCAUGUCUCCGGCCGAGUUUGGCGCGGCUCUACACGCCAUUGAACAACCGUCGUCUCAAGAUAGUAGUACCCCAUUUACCGAAAGUCAAUUGCGCAAAGCACUCGAAUGUCCUUUGCGACAAGCCCGCAAAUUACGAGACAAUUGUCGAGGACCUGGACCACAAACCAGUUGGAUUGGAUUGCCGUAUCCGUCGCUACGAGAAGAACGACCCUUUCUCUACGAUCACAUGCACACGCAUCCACUGGCGGAAAUUCUACAACGCACUCUUAACAAGACAACAACAGACUUGGCACAAUUGCAUCAAACGUGGGACUCCACUCAAAUGACGGCACUUCAACAUCAACGACAACUCGUCGCACCCCUGCUCGACAAACAUGAACGAACACAGUUUGCACACGCUUACGAAUCCUUUGUCACGUCCUGUUGUAUUCCUCUCUUGCAUGCCGCCGCGUUGCGACAUUCCGUCUUUUCCACCAGUUCCGCCGGUGUCGUGUAUCGCUAUCAAGUCUUUCCUACCAUUAACAUUGUCUAUCCGAACGAUCCAGAGGCAUGUCGGCCACCGUCGUGCGAUCUCGCCCAUGGCAAAUCGGUCGGAUGGUUGCAUUUUCACAUUCCUCUCACGGCUGCGUGCAAUACAUCCGCACUCUACUGCGAACGAUAUCCCGGACGCGAAGAUUGGCAUGCGUUGCGAUGUACUUCUGUCGGGCUGGGAUACUGUUGGGAUGGUGCCCGGUGUCAUUCCUUUGUGCCACUCAAUACUACUAACGCCACACGCGUCUCGUUGGAUUUUCGAAUCCUCUUGGUCCGACCCGAUUCCUUGACAAGCCAAGAAGAUGAUGAAUUGUGUCGACCACUUCAUUUGACCGAUUCCUUGACACGCAUUCCGGGGUUUUACGAACAAGCCACUAUGGAUGUAGGAGGUGCCUCGCGGAUUCUACUAAGGAGACGAUCGUCUCCAUGGUCGGCCGUGCCCGAUGCGCGAUGUGGAUUUCCGUUUGCUUGAAACGAAAGAACUGGACAGACAAGAACAUCCGCGGCUAGUAGUAGUAGUAGUAGUAGUAGUAGAGAGAAGGAGUUGGUUAGUUUGGUGCAGGCAGACAGGCAGUAUGAUUAUCACUUGCAUACAUACGGUAGAGAAAAUGAAAACGCUAAAAGUAGUAUGAUUGAUUCGAUCUAUUAUAGUAAACACCUAUGACUAGCUAGCUAGCAU